AAUUAACUUCAUGUCCAAUUAGCAUCCACCAAUCUAUCUGGCUCAUGGAGCACGAAUUCAUUUCAUAAUUGUUCAAACAUCAAAUCAAAGGUUCUGAUUCUGAUUUAUGAGUACUGAGUAGCCUUUAUUACACACUCAGCCAUGAAUUUGAAGCUGGUUUCUUGUCUGUUUUUUCCUUCUUAUUAAGUGAUGUAUAUGUUUUUCUUUUCAUAUAUAAAUUUCAGGUACAUCCAGGAUUUGGUUUCCUUAUUGGGAAAAAGCAAAGUCAAGAUCAAAAGCAAGCACCACCCACCAUGCAGAGGUGGAAGUUGAGCAGAAAGAAAGUUUCCAUUUUCCCUUUGCUUUUGCUCAUCUCACUGGUCUUCAUAGCCUUCUCAACCCUUCACACUGAACACAGUAUCCAACGAAUCCAUGAAAACCCAGAUCAUGUUGACAACCACCGAGAAGUUUCUUCAGUCACCUUUGUGAAACCCAACCUUUCUGGUCAUCUCAAGCGUGCUUCAGAGGUUUUGGAUAGAUUCAGUAGAUGCAACUCCACCAUAGAGUAUAGUGGCCGGAAAAUUGCUUGGCUUGGCAGUUCUCGACGUUCCAGUCACCGGAGAGUGAGGCCGGAAAGAUGUGAUGUGUUUUCAGGCAAAUGGGUCUUUGAUAAUGCUUCAUAUCCACUGUACAAUGAGUCAGAUUGCCCUUACAUGUCUGACCAAUUGGCCUGCCACAAACAUGGAAGGUCUGAUUUGGGGUACCAACACUGGAGAUGGCAACCACAUAACUGCAAUUUGAAGAGGUGGAAUGUGAAAGAAAUGUGGGAGAAGUUAAGAAAUAGAAGGCUAAUGUUUGUUGGGGAUUCACUAAAUAGAGGCCAAUGGAUAUCUAUGGUAUGCUUGUUACAGUCUGUAAUUCCUGCUGAUAAGAGAUCAAUGUCACCAAAUGCACAUCUUACUAUUUUCAGAGCAGAGGAGUACAAUGCUACUGUGGAAUUUCUUUGGGCUCCUCUUCUUGUUGAAUCUAAUUCUGAUGAUCCAGUAAAUCACCGACUAGAUGAACGUGUCAUUCGGCCUGAUUCAGUGCUUAAGCAUGCAUCACUGUGGGAGCAUGCUGAUAUACUCGUUUUUAACACUUACUUGUGGUGGAGACAAGGCCCAGUGAAGCUAUUAUGGACUGCUGAUAAAAAUGGAGCUUGUGAAGAAUUGGAUGGACGAGAAGCAAUGGAGUUGGCCAUGGGAGCCUGGGCAGAUUGGAUAGCUUCUAAAGUUGAUCCUCUCAAGAAGCGUGUCUUUUUUGUGACCAUGUCACCAACUCAUCUCUGGAGCCGCGAAUGGAAGCCAGAAAGUAAUGCAAACUGUUAUGGGGAGAAGGACCCCAUUGACAUUGAAGGUUAUUGGGGAAGCGGUUCUGAUUUGCCAACUAUGAGUACUGUGGAGAAGAUCCUAAGCAGUUUGAGUUCAAAAGUUUCUGUCAUCAACAUUACUCAACUGUCAGAGUAUAGAAAGGAUGGUCAUCCUUCCAUUUUUCGCAAAUUUUGGGAACCCCUUCGCCCCGAACAAUUGUCAAAUCCCUCAUCUUACUCCGAUUGCAUACACUGGUGCUUGCCAGGGGUACCUGAUGUGUGGAAUGAGUUACUAUUUCAUUUUUUAUAAAUGUCAAUUAGUCAUUUAUUAUUCGAUUUUUCUUUGUUGGGUGUGGCAGCCAAUGUCUGCAUUUUGAGGAGUAGCAAAAGUUGCUGCUAUUAGUUGUUUUUACAAAAGGGUGGACUGCAAAACAAGUGAACACAGAAAAUUUAGAGAUCUUAUGCUUGUGUGCCAUGUUAAAACUUGGCAUCAUACAGAAAAGGGAAGGAGAGGGUGCUAAGAUAGCUAUUCUUGAUUUCCUUUGAUGUCAUUCAUUUCAUUCUAUCUAUUCAUAGCCUUCUUCACAUUUCUUAUGAAGUGAUUUUCUUCAGUGUUUGACAAACUAUUAUAGAAGUGUUCAUGCUAGAAACACAUUCCCUGCCAUACUGUUUUUAGGAGACUCUUAGUUAUUAGCUAUAAAAUUUAUUAAAUCUACAGAAGUAUGAGAGUAUCAUUAAAUUAAGAGUAAAAAAUGUAAAAUUCACGUGAUUUUUUUUAAAUUUUAAUAAAUUUUAAUCAGACAGGUGAAAUAG